UUCAGAGUCUUUUCACUCUUUUGCAAAAUUUAACGCUCCAACAGGUUUUCUUGUGGUUGUUCCUAGUGCUAUCUGCUAAUCUGCCUUUUCUUGAUUGGGAGUUUUCUUGACGGGAAUGCAGUGCCUCUGAAAGUGACCCGUUUUGUUAGCCACGGAGGAACAUCUGGAUAGUGCGGAAUUUGUGUCGCUAGCGCUGGGCGCUGUGAUGAUUACUUAACUGUUGCAUAGAAAGUGGACGAGUUGAAGGCCAAACUGGACAGCCUCUUGCCGCCCAGAACAGAUAGCACUGCGGAAGAUGAAGCCGCUCAUCAGACCGCCGAGUUGGGCCCGAUGGACGAAUUUAUGGAGACACUGCAGUGUGCAACGACAACGGCCGACGCCGCGGUGCGCGAGGGGCUGCGGCAGUUAAGCCAGCCCCCGCGGGUGGUUGCGCUAUCCACGCGGCUGCGCGUGCAGUGUGCGUCGGUGUGCCAGCUGAUUUUAAUGGACCAGCGCUCGCGCAUUCAGGUCCUGUCGGCCACGCUGACCGCCCCGGGGGAACUGUCCCCAACAGCGACAGACGCGCUGCAGCGGUGCCGCGAAGAAGAUAAACGCAUCGUGGUGGACGCGGCGGACAUUCUCCAGCGUUUCCUGCGGCACAUCCUUCCGCAGCAGCUGCACUCGGAGUUGGAUGGCAUCCUCACGCCGCUGUUGGCUCGGCUGCAGACACGCGAUACAUCGGACGUGUCCGACUUCCUCUCGACGCUGGAUGCGACGAUAUCGCUGGCGGCUCGUGUCCUCGCCGGUCUGCAGGGGGAAUUCUUCGAGACUACAGAAAUCAGUGAGACUCCGGCCCUGAUCCGCGACCUGGACGCCCUGGCUCUGCUGACCCGCAGCGGCCGCUUCGACCCCACCGUGACCUUCGCGGUGGGCCGGCACCGCGACUACCCCGCCUCCGACUGGCAACGCUACCCGGAGUACUACCGCGGGAAAUGCCGCGUCUUCGUGCACGCCCACUGGGUGUACGCGGUGGCCCGGCUGGGCAGCGGGGUCUCCGGCGGCGUGACCGGGUCGCUGUUGACGGCCUUUACGCGCGCAAUGGAAGACGAUGCGUACGCUGCAAUUCCUAUGCUGGCGUUGGUGGCGCUGGACGUGGCUGACCGCCUGGGCGGCGGCACCGUGUAUUAUCUGGUGUGCGAACUCGUGGCCUACUCGUUCACGCCCUUCCGUCCCACGAAUAAACCCCCGAGUCCCAAGACACCCAUCGCCGGCCGCGUGUCCUACCGCAACGAAUCCCUCCUGCAGGCGUUCAUCCAGAUCGCCGACAUCCUCGGUCCGAGCACCCAAGUCCAGUACUGUCUGUCCGUCCACGUCAGUCCCCGGGUGCGGGACGACGACCCCUUCUGGGCGACACUGUAUCUGUUUCGCCGCGUCGCGUUCCCUCGCGCCAGCCACCAGGACAGUGCGGCGGCGGAGAUCGAAAGGUCACGGGGCCUGGAGGUCGACUGUGUCCGGCUGUGCAAUGACGACGUUCAGGCCAUGUCGCGGGAGGAUCUCCGGCGCGUCUUCGACAUUGAUCUGGUGGCCAAGCACCACGCCGACGGCAGUAACUACAUGCAGCCGUUGCAGUUGCCGCUGGAGCUGCAGUAUCCCGACGGGUCGUCCCGGCAGUUCACGGUGAAUCUGAGCAGGUUGUUCGAGGAUGUGUAUUGCUACUGGGAAGAGGAUUAUCGCACUCGUACGGAAGACAAGCCAAGGCCGGCUCAUUCCGUGCUGCGAUACCGGGACAGUGAAAAGGUGCUGCGAACACAGUCGGUCCUGUGGCGCUACUGGCGAACGUAGGAUCGAUAACGGGAGAGGCGCCUUGAAGGGGUCCCUUCAUUAGACUGCUGGUUGGUUCAGCCAUUCGUACGUUUAUUGCAUUUUUCAUUAUUAUUAUUACUUAUUAUCACUCUACACUCUCAGUAGCCAGAACUCCAUUAAAACCGAGAUAUUGGAAAUCUUUUUUUGGUUAACUUUAUACCAAUUUUUGGUUUGAUUUACUAUUGUGCACCGGCUUGGCCAACGCCCAGUACGGGGUCUUGGGGUUAAAGGAAAGGCCUGGCCAUUCAUUGAUUAAGACGGCCGAACGCAUGCUGGCGUUUUAGUCUUGGAGACGAUCAACGCCGGGUGUGUUUCCGUAUGGGCUGUCUUUUGUCGUCAGUUUGCUGCAUUUAUCUGACGCCUCAGAGCCCCCGACCACCACUACGUCCGUUUUGAUCAUAGCGUCUCCGGCAGGCAGUGUCUAGCGCGUUGCAUCAGCCUGCUGCAGCCA